AUGACAAGCCAGCACACCUUGGAUGAGAAGAAGAACAAAGUAUCUUUGGACACGGAUCUUUUGCAUCUUGCUACACAUGUCGUACAAGACUCAACUACUGUACCCAACCUUCUGUCAGGCAACAUUGCCAAUGUUCUAUCUCAACCUUCGUCUCGCAACGUUUCCUUUAGCAAUGAAGUACGAUACCAUGAACUUGACCGAUCGGCAUACCAAUCAUACUCUCAUGAGAUGCAUGCCGACGACAUUGAUGACGGAUUCAAGACUAAUAGUGAAGACGAUGCUGCAUCACAGCUAUCCCUGAAGCUUGACACUGAUUACUGGGAUGAGUCCAUCCCAUUGAUCCCAGCGCAUUCGGAUCCCCGACCUUGGCUCAGUUCGAUCCAAUGUCGCCCCAGUAUCAAGGUACCCAACGUACACCUCCAACACCACAAACAGCUUCCGUAA